GGGCUCAACGCGAGGCCCCGCCCAGUCCGGUUCGCGGCUGGGCGGGAGGGCUGAUCCCGGCCGCUGCGGCGGCUCCUCUUCAGAUGCUUUCCAGGAAGGAGGCGGAGACACCCCGCAGAUGCCACCCUCUUCAAACCAGAGUCUUUCCCAUCUGCUUCCUGUCUGCCUGGGAUUCCUAGAAGUGUCUGGUUUGGGAAGGCGCUGUCCAUGUCCACACCGGGCGAGAGGAUCCCGCGACCGCCACGAUGAGCGUGUCCUACGUGAAGAAGCUGUCCACCAUCCUGCUGGACGCCGUCACCGACAAGGACCCGCUGGUGCAGGAGCAGGUAUGCAGCGCCCUGUGCGCCCUCGGAGAGUCGCAGCCGGAGGGGACGCUCAGCGCCUGCGAGGAGCACCUGCGGCAGCACGAAAAGCUGGCACAUCCGUACCGGACGAUGAUCCUGAGGGCCAUGGAGACGGUCGUGAGCAACCACAUCAGCGAGCUGGACAAGGACGUGGCCCGGGCCGCCGUCCUCCUGGCCUCCAGCGAGAUGACCAGGGUGAAGGACGUGGUCCAUGACUGGCAGCAGGCUGCCAGCGGCGUCCUCGUGGCCGCGGGGAAGCGCUUCGUGGGCAUGGUGAUGGAGGAGCUGCUCAGCAAGUUCCAGCCCGGGACCCUGCCGCACUGCUUUGUGGUGCAGACGCUGGCCAACCUGUCAGUGUCCAAUGUGUUCGGCAUGGUGCCCUUCCUGACGACCGUCCUGAGCACCAUGCUGCCCAUGCUGGGCCUGGCCAAGCACGACUCCAUGAGGGUGGUGUUCUGCUGCGCCCUGCAGCGCUUCAGCGAGAGCACCCUCGAGUACCUGGCCAACCUGGACCAGGCCCCGGACCCCACGGUCAGGAAGGACGCCUUUGCCGCCGACGUCGGCAGUGCCUACGACACCCUCUUUUAUCAGUGGCUGCAGAGCCGCGAAGCCAAGCUCCGGCUCGCUGUGGUGGAGGCCCUGGGGCCCAUGAGCCAUUUGCUGCCCGGCGAGAAGCUGGAGGAGCAGCUGCCCAAGCUCCUGCCCGGAGUCCUUGCCCUCUACAAGAAGCACGCCGAGACCUCGCAUGUGUCCAAGAGCCUGGGCCAGAUCCUCGAGGCCGCGGUGAGUGUGGGCAGCCGCACGCUGGAGGUCCAGCUGGACGCCCUCCUGGCCACUCUGCACGCUCAGAUCUGCGUGCCGGUGGAGUCCUCCAGCCCCAUCGUGACGAGCAACCGGAAGGAGGUGCUGCGCUGCUUCACCGUGCUGGCGUGCUUCUCCCCUGAACGCCUGCUGGCCUUCCUGCUGCCCAAGCUGGACACCAGCAACGAGAGGACCCGCGUGGGCAGCCUGCAGGUCCUGAGGCACAUCAUCAACUCGGCCGCUGCUCAGAUGGAGGUGAAGAAGCCCUUCAUCCUCUCCUCCAUGAAGCUUCCUCUUCAGGACACCAAUUGCAAGGUGAAGCGGGCGGCAGUGCAGGUGAUCAGCGCCAUGGCCCACCACGGCUACCUGGAGCAGCCCGGCGGCGAGGCGAUGCUGGAGUACAUCGUGCAGCAGUGCGCGCUGCCCCCCGAUGCCGAGCCUCAGAAGCCCGGGGGCCCUGCGGCGGAGCCCCCUGCCGACAGCGUGCGCGCCGUCAGCAUCAGCACCCUCUACCUGGUCAGCACCACCGUGGACCGGAUGAGCGACGUCCUCUGGCCGUACCUGCUCCAGUUCCUCACCCCCGAGCGCUUCACCGGGGCACUGACCCCGCUCUGCCGGAGCCUCGUGCACUUGGCCCAGAAGAGACAGGAGGCGGGGGCGGACGCCCCGCUCAUCCAGUACGAUGGCAACGUGACCCUGCCGUCUCCCUUCGCCAUAGCCACCAGGCUCCUGACCGUGUCUUCCCGCCCCUACCUGGGGGAUGGCCGCGGGGCGGCCUCACUUCGCCUCCUGAGCGUCCUGCAUCGGGACAUCCACCCUCUGCUGGGGCCGCGGUGGGCCACGACCAUCCCCCUGCUGCUGGAGUACCUGGAGGAACACAGCGAGGAAACCCUGCCGCAGAAGGAGUGGGAGGAGAAGCUGCUGGUGUUCCUCCGGGACAGCCUGGCCGUCGUGUCUGACAACACAUGGACCUGCCAGCUGAGCCUGGAGAUGUGCAAGCAGCUGCCCUGCUCCAACGGGACACCCCAGGAGAAGAACUUCCUGUACAAAUGCGUGGGGACCGCCCUGGGCGCCGCUUCCAGCAAGGACGUGGUGCGGAAGCUGCUGCGGGAGCUGCUGGAAACGGCCAGAUACCAGGAGGAGGCUGAGCGUGAGGGCCUGGCGGGCUGCUUUGGGAUCUGCGCCAUCUCCCACCUGGAUGACACCCUGGCCCAGCUGGAGGACUUCGUGAGGUCGGACAUGUCCAGGAAGUCCAUGGGCAUUUUCAACAUCUUCAAGGACCGCAGCGAGAACGAGGCGGAGCGCGUGAAGGGCGCGCUGAUCCUGUGCUACGGGCACGUGGCGGCGCAGGCGCCCCGGGAGCUGGUGCUGGCCAGGGCCGAGUCCGACAUCCUGCGGAACGUGUUCCAGUGCUUCAGCACCAAGGUUCUGGGAAUAAAGGUAGAGACCAAGGACCCGGCCCUGCAGCUGUGCCUCGUCCAGAGCGUGUGCAUGGUGUGCCAGGCCAUCUGCAGCAGCGCACAGGCCGGCUCCUUCCACUUCUCCCGGAAGGCAGAGCUGGUGGCCCAGAUGAUGGACUUCAUCAAGGCAGAGCCCCCGGACUCCAUGCGGACGCGCAUUCGGAAGAAGGCCAUGCUCGCCUGCACCCACUUGGUCUCCCUGGAGCCCGAGCUGGAAGAGCAGGCGCAGACGGACAUGGUCCGCGGCUGUCUGCACAGCGUCAUGGCGGUGCUGCCUGAGCCCCAGGGGGAGGACGGCCAGCAGGAGUCCCUGCACCUGGACACUAUGCGCGCCCUCGAGGACCUGCUGAGGAGCGUCCUUCGGCGGAACCUGACGCCCCAGGGCCUGCAGAUCAUGGUGGAGCACCUGAGCCCGUGGAUCAAGUCCCCUCGGGGCUACGAGCGGGCGCGGGCGCUGGGCCUGAGCGCGGGGCUGCUGCAGUUCUUCCUGGAGCACCUGCACGUCAGCGCCCUGGUGCCCUUCCACAACCUGGGCCUGCUCGUCGGCCUCUUCUCCCCACGGUGUGCGGACCUGUGGCCGGCCACCCGCCAGGAGGCCGUGAGCUGUGUCUACUCCCUGCUCUACCUCCAGCUGGGCUACGAGGGCUUCUCCCGCGACUACCAGGACGACGUGGCCGAGCGGCUCCUCACCCUCAAAGAUGGCCUGGUGCACCCCGACCCUGCCAUCCUCUUCCACACCUGCCACAGCAUCGCGCAGAUCAUUGCGAAGCGCCUGCCGCCGGAUCAGCUCAUCAGCCUCCUGCUCACCCUGUUUGAGAGCCUGGGAGACCCCGACAAGAACUGCUCCCGCGCGGCCACCGUCCUGAUCAACUGCCUGCUGAAGGAGCGGGGCAGCCUGCUCCAGGAGAAGGUGCCCGAGAUCGUGAGCGUGCUGCGCUGCAGGGUGCAGGACACCCGGGACGCGCACGUCCUGCAGGCCUCGCAGCACAGCGUGCACAUCCUGGCGUCCCAGCACUGCCCAGCCGUGGUGUCCAGCCUCCUGGGCAGCCCCCUGCCCUUCGACAGCCACACCUGCACCCUGUGGCGGGCCCUGGCCAUGGAGCCCGGUGUCAGCACACAGGUCCUGGGCCUGCUCCUGGAGAGGAUGAGCAGAGAUGUGCCCUUCAAGGAGAGCCGCGCCUUCCUGCUGAGCAGCUCCCCCGACCGCGUGGCCACGCAGCUGCCCCUCGCGGCCACCUGUGCGCUGCACGAGGUCAUGUCUGCUCCCGAGUCCGGGCCCGCGGUGCUCGAGCUCUACCCCCAGCUGUUUGCGGGGCUGCUGCUGCGCGUCAGCUGCACCGUGGGCGUCCAGCUGCCCCGGAACCUGCAGGCCAAGGAGCGGAGGGCCGCCAGCUCAGCUCCGGCCUCCAAGACCCUGGAUCCCUGCAGCUCGGCGGUGGACGCCCUGAGGACGGCGCUGCUCCGGGGCGGCAGCGAGGACGUGGUGCAGCACGUGGAGCUGGAGGGGGGCUGGGCGUCUCUGAGGACCUCCGCAGGGCACGAAGACGGGGUCACCCGGCUGGCCAGUGCCAUGGCGAAGUUCGCGGGCCCCCGCCUGCCCCUGGUGACGAAGGCGCUCCUGGGCGCCCACAGCAGCGUGUACGAAGUCCAGAGGGUCACCUCCACAGCCUUCCUGGCCGAGCUGCUGAGCAGCAACGUGGUGAGCGACCUGCCUCUCCUGGAGCCGCUGCUGGACAGCCUGGCGGCCCGGCAGAAGGACCCGAGCGCCAGCGUGCGGCGGCAGGUGCUCCGCGGCCUGGCCAACAUCGCCUCGGGCUCCCCGGACAAGGUGCGGGCCCACGGCCCUCAGCUCCUGACAGCCAUGAUCAGCGGGCUGGACGACGGGGACGACCCCCACGGCCUGGUGGCUCUGGAGGCCAUGGCGGGCCUGGUGAAGCUGCUGGGCCUGGUGGAGCCCUGGGACCUGCGCACGGUGCUGCUGCACACGGCCAUCCGCAUCCGGCCCUUCUUCGACAGCGAAAAGAUGGAGUUCCGCUCUGUGUCCAUCCGCCUCUUCGGGCACCUCAACGAGGCCUGCCAUGGGGACUGCGAGGACGUCUUCCUGGAGCAGGUGGUGGGUGGGCUGGUGCCCCUGCUCCUGCACCUGCGGGACCCCCAAGCCCCCGUGGCUGAAGCCUGCAGGUUUGCGCUGCGCAUGUGUGGCCCCAACCUGGAGUGUGAGGAGCUGGUGGCUGCCUUCCAGAAGCACCUGCAGGAGGGCCGAGGCCUGCACUUUGGGGAGUUCCUCAACACCACCUGCAAGCACCUGAUGCGCCACUUCCCGGACCUGCUGGGCCGCCUGGCGAGCACCAGCCUGUUCUACUUCAAGAGCAGCUGGGAGGACGUCCGCGCCGCGGCCCCCAUGCUCACGGGGUUCCUGGUGCUGCACGCGGAGCCCCAGCACCGGCCGCAGGUGGACCUGGAGCAGCUCACUGCCGCGCUGCAGCUCCUGCUCAAGGACCCCGCCCCCAUGGUGCGCGGGAAGGCUGCCGAGACCCUGGGCCGCCUGGUGAAGUUCGCCUGAGGCUCCUGCACGUGCCCCCCAGGCAGCACCGACCAGCGCGGGGCAGCCUGUGCCCCCACCCUGCUUCCAAUAAAGCCGUUCCCGCCUCAGCAGGCGAGGGGCUGCAA